CUCCUAUGCUGGGAGUUGAGCAGUUACAGAAGGCAGUGACCUGAUGUCAGCUUUAAUGUUCCCACCAAAGUUUGAUGCCAAAGUUUCAGUUUCCCAAGAACUACUACCUGAGCAGGCAGACCACAUCCAAGAGGAAGAAGGAGAGCAACUCCAUACCUGCUUUGAGGAGAUACAGUCACUUAAUUUGAAACUCAUAUCCGCCAGCUCAGAGAUUGGCAUUGUGCAUGUCGUAGACACUCCUGAACAGCUGGAAUCUUCAAAAGACGAUGCUUUCUAUGAUCUCCAAAAGACCCACAUCAAGGUUUUGAAAGAAAGUUGUGUCUAUGUAACAGAACCCACGUCCAAAAAGUUUGCAAAUCUAUGGAUUGUCAACAGCAAUGCAUACCCUUUGAAUCACGACACCUCACAACAUGUGGGGUUGGAUCAGAAUGUUAUGUCAACCAAUCCCCUCAGCUACAUAGAGAUUUUAACACCUACAUGUGGAGAUGGAAAACCUCACAGAAUCAUUGUAACAAAGGGAAUAGCUGGGGUUGGAAAGACAGUUUGUGUGGAAAAGUUAAUUCACGACUGGGCUGCUGGUUCUACACUGUCAGAAUUUGACUUCAUAUUUUUGUUUUCCUUCUGUAAGCUCAAUAUGCUGUCAGAAAGGUCACUGAACCUGGUGCAACUUCUCCAGCAUUACUACCCACACUUGGAGCAUUGCGAAGAGAUUCUAACAAGCAAAUCAGUCAAAUCCUUGUACAUAUUUGAUGGACUAGAUGAAAGCCUUCAAAGUCUGGAUUUUGAAAAACAACUAGCCUGCUAUGAUGAGAAUGAAUUAAUGUCCCUUGGAUCUUUACUCACAAAUCUCAUCAGAGGCAACCUUCAUUCUUCAGCUUCAGUUUGGAUAACUACCCGGCCAGCAGCCCUAGGGCAAAUUCCUCUCUGCUACGUUGACAGACUGACAGAAAUAAAAGGAUUCUGUGAGCAGCAAAAGAAGGAUUUUUUUCACAAGAAAUAUGAAAAUAGGCACCUGGCAGAAAAAAUGAUUGCAAUUGUGAACAAAGAACUGAGUUUAUCCCUUCUAUGCAACAUGCCAAUUUUCUGCUGCGCUUUAUCAAUCAUGUUGGAAGAUGCACUUGAAUUAUUUCAGCAUUGUGGGCUUGGUGAUUCCAUGCCAGUAGCAAUUACAUCUGUCUUCACCAAGUUCUUAGUGCAUGUCUUCUCCCACCAAGAGCAAAAAUUGGAGUAUUUAACUCACAAGAAACAGACCAUUGAUGCACUGUUGAAGUCAAAGCAAAAAGCUAUCAUCAGUUUGGGGAAGUUGGCUUUCGAUCUACAGAGAGGCCAGAUGCGGAUAUUUUAUGAGAAAGAUUUAAAAGUAUACAAUGUCGAUGCUUCCUUGGCAGAAAGUGGAUUUUGCAAAGAGGUUGUUGUGGGAAAUGCAAAUCCUUCAAAGAAGGCCUUCUGUUUUGUUGAUGGGUCACUGCAGGAAUAUUUUGCUGCUUUGUAUGUUUUCCUGUCAUUAAACAACAACAAAAAUAAUCCUUUAAACACUGCAGCGAAUGCAAAAACAUUACGAAAACAUGAAAGACCCUCUUAUUCCCAAGUCUGUAAACAGGCCUGUAAGGAAGCAAUGAAAAGUUCUUGUGGUCACUUUGACCUGUUUCUCAGAUUCCUUUGUGGAUUCGGGACUCAAAAAAAUCAGCAAAUCAUGAAAGGACUGAUGACAAGUUGUGAAAUAAAUCGUGAUGAUAUAACAAAGGUUGUUCAAAUUUUCAAAAAGAAAUUGCAGGAAGAUAUUCCUCCAGAAAAAUGUAUUACUAUUCUACAGUGUUUAAGUGAAUUAGAGGAUAAUUCACUGGUAAAAGAAACCAGAAAGAUCAUUGUUGCUGGUACUGUUACUUCUCGGACACUUACACCAGCAGAAUAUUCAGCACUGGCAUUUGUUCUGCAAAUGUCUAACGGAGAUAUGGAGGCAUUAGAUCUUUCACAACUCAAAAUAUCUUCAGUUGGAUUCCAGAGACUGGUGCCAGUUCUGCCUCAUUUUACAAGUUUAAAAAUGAUUGGAUCGAAUUUGGGAGAUUCUGGAGUCAAGAUAUUGUCACAAGUGAUGACAAGUCCAGACUGUAAAUUGCAAAAUCUGGAGCUGGAAAAAAAUGAUCUGACACAUAAAUGUUGUGAGACACUCGCUUUCAUUAUGAGCAGCAGUAGAAUGCUGACAAAUCUAAACCUGAGUAAUAAUAAUCUUGGAGAUAGAGGCAUACGUAUAUUGUCUACUGCUCUGAAGGCGGCUCAGUGCAGAGUACAAACAUUGAACUUGAGCAACAACAAUCUCUCAAUUGGAAGCUGGGAGGAACUUGUCUCUGUGCUCAUCACAAAUCAAACAUUGAGAGAGCUGAAUGUGAGCAGUAAUAGAAUGGGCGAAGCAGGCCUGAGAACACUGUCUAGUGCACUGAAAGAUCCACGCUGCAAAUUAGAAAAGUUAGGGCUUAAUAAUACUUGUACACUUGACUUUGGAAUGAUGGGCUCUUAUCAGGAAGAGACUGGAAUGGAAAUACUUAGUGAUGUGCUAAAAGAUCCGAGAUGCACAUUAAAAAGCUUAGAGUUGGCCAAGAAUAGUUUGACACAGAAAAAUUAUGAAGAAAUUGCUUCUGCCAUGACAAUCAAUUGCAGUCUGACCCAUCUGGAUCUAAGUUCCAAUGUCAUUCAAGACUCUGGAAUAAAUGUAUUAUCCGUGGCACUGAUGGACACAAGCUGCUCAAUACAAUCACUGGUGCUGACUGAAACAAAACUAACACCCACCUGUUGUGAGAAACUUGCCUCUGUGCUAGUCACAAACCAGACACUGAGAGAGCUGGAUCUGAGCAUGAACAAAUUGGGUGAUUCUGGAGUGUGUGCACUGUCUACUGCACUGAAGGAACCAUGCUGCAAACUGGAAACUCUAGGAUUAAGACGAACAUCUCUCACUGACGCAUGUUGUAAGAAGCUUAUAACUGCACUCAGCACAUCGCAAACAAUAGCAUCUCUUGACUUAAGUGAGAACUUAUUUACAGACAGUUCCAUAAAGAUCUUCUGCAGUCUCAUUUUGACCUGUAGUAACCUGAAAUGUUUAAGGUUGGAGCUGAACCAGUUCACCACAAAUGGACAGAUGACAAUAAAGAAUCUGAGCAUGGAGAAAUCAGGAGUUCGGAUUGUUGUAGAAAGAAGCUAAAAUAUUACCUAACAUUUAAAUUUUGAGUAUCUUUUGUACUUGAUUGCAUAAUUCUUGUGAUUAAAAAUAUUUUAAAUCUGUAUUGCAAUGUAUACCAGCAAAUGGUUUUAAUUACGAAACUGACAUCCAUUUCUUUCUUGUUAUAUGCUAGCAUCAGUUUGUUUAUGAUUAAAGCUGUUUGUUGUUCAUAGGACUUUCUACACAUAAUGUUUUGAAAAUAAAAUGCAUUUAUAUAC